UAGUAUGGACUUUGUUACUUAAAUGUGUUUGCGGGAAGUGCAACCAACAGCAAACUUCUCAGUAUCCUCUUCCCAGGCAGUUGAAUUUGCACUCCGCCUACUUUCAGAAAGUGCUAUAAACUUGCACCCAACAAGCAGUGAGGCUGGGAUUUACAGUGAUCACUCAGAGUAAUUAAAGUGCAGCAGCCAUGGGGCAGAGGCAGGUGUUGUAGAGUGUUAAGUUUGAAGUUAUCAUCAUCACCCGCCCCCCAAAGCCCCCUAUCCGGGUACAGCAGUCUUACUGAUUCCCUCAGGCUUUCCCUUCUAGAAUUUCCUUUCAAGAAUGACCGAGUUUUCCACUGGCUGGCUGCACUGGCCACAUACUUGAAUCUGAGUUUCCUGAUUCUGCACAGGAAAAGGGCUCCUUUGAAUAGGUUUCCAGAUUCCUGGAAGAUUCACUGGAUGAACAUGAACAGGCUCAGGUACAUCCAGGCACCCAGCACACACCUAAAGUGCCCCUUGUCCAAACCCCACCUUCCUUUUCAGACUCGCACAGCAGGGGGUGUAUUCCCCCCUUCCCCACACUUUCAAGUGUCAGAAAUUCUCCCUCUGUUUAGGACACUGGUGUGUGGUAUACUCUUUGUGGACUGAAAUCACUCUUGUGGCCACAGUGAACAAUCUUGGUCCUAGUGUUGGAUAUUGUAUGAUACACAGUUUUUUUCAGUGGGGGGGGGGGGGCUGAGAUUUAUCACACCUGCAAAGCUAUCUACAGAUUUAGUUCAUAAUAAAUAAUGAAAAAGAACAUUGAAGAUUUCUACUUAAAACUGCAUUCUCUCCAUUUUGAAAAAUAUAUAUUUUAUUCUUUAACUCUCUUCCCCUUUAAUUUAAGGAAACAUGUAUUUUUUUAAUGUAUAUGGGUGCUUUUCCUGUAUGUCUGUGUGCACUACGGCAUGCCUGGUUUCCACAGAGGUGAGAAGAAAGUGUUGAAUCCCCUGGAAUCAGACUUAGACAAUUGUGAGCCACCAUGCAUAUGCUGGGAGUGAACCAAGUUCUCUCUCUAUAAGGGCAGGAAGUGUCCUCCACUUCUGAGCCAUGAUUCCACCCCCAACUUAAUAUUUUUGUUUAGGAAUAAAGUAGCAAAUUUCUUGAAGCACAGAGUUCACAACUGUUGCUAGAUCCAGGGCCUAGUGUCAGCCUGAGGAUCUCAGGCCAAGCUCCUCCAGACUGGACAGCCUACCUGCUGUGAUGGUUGGAAACACUGUUCUGGGAGGUAGGGGACAAGCUGAAGAGGAGGGAGAUCUAACCAUGUCUCCCUUGAAUCCUAGGCCAUACUCAAUGUCGUCCAGUGCACACCUACAGGAUGCUCCCCCACUCCUCUCCGGGACCCUUACACAGAAUGAAGGACAGACCUCCUUGAGGCAGAGUAGCAGCUGUGGUCCGUCUGCUGCCUCUGCCUCUGAGUCAUUGUCAGGUUACACCGAGUCAAGAAUUCCUCACAGUAAAGUGCGCCAAGGAAAGGGUCUCAGAAGCAUCUUCCCUGAGUCUCGUGUUAAGCGUUACUGCUGCUAUGGAGGAGUGAUCACAGUCGUUGCUAUAGCUAUAGUUGUUCCUCUUUCUGUUACUUUGUCAGUAAAACAGAUGGAACAAACCUCAAUCAAUAAUACCUUCGCUGCCUCAAUCAAUAAUACCUCCGCUGCCUCAAUCAAUAAUACCUCUGCUGCUUGCCCGAGCAACUGGACUGAAUAUGAAUUUCCUAAAGAGAUACAAAGGGAGUUCGGGUUACUGGAUCGGUCUGCACAGAGAGUCAUCAGAGCACCCUUGGAAGUGGACAGACAAUACUCAGUAUAACAACUUGGUUCCCAUCCGAGGAGAUGGACAAUGUGG